AUGCGACACCGUCCACUGGCAACACUGUUGCUGCUAUCGACACUCGCGUUCAGCCUGCUGCUCUAUCUGCGCUUCCGCACCUACGACCUGGUCUCGGUCGGCCUCUGUCGUGUGGCACCCUCCUCCUCCUCUUGCUCCUCUCCGCGCCUCGACAUGCUGCAAGUACCCUCCUCCUCCGAACUGAUCACCCAGAAAGUGCAUCCAGCUCACUAUCUCGGUCGCACGCGCGGCCGCAUUUCGCUAAGCAUUGGCUCGAUCAACAUCCGCUACUCUCGUGAUGCAGCCUACGACUCGACCCACUCGAUGCUCUCCACCCUCGGAAACAUGCUCUCGGCAGCACGUAUGGGUGGUGUGGAACCAUCUGCUCAAUUCGCAUCUUCUAUUGAUCCGCAUGCACGCGUGCCUCCUUCACCGUACUUAACGAAGCAGUAUCAUGGCGAGCGAAGCUGGUUGUUGCGCGGUCCCAAAGUGGCCGAUGUGGCGCUGUUUAACGAUUGGGACAUCUUUGCGUUUCAAGAGGUGCUCGAUGGACAGUAUGGCAACUUGAUCGACUGGUUGGGUGAAGAGUACGGCCAUGCUGGUGUCGGGAGGGACGACGGCGACCGUGCGGGUGAAGCUGUACCCGUGUUUUGGCGCCGCGACACCUUCGAAGCGGUAAGCGCGGAUCAGGGCGGCAUCGGCAAAGACGGCGUGGAGCACUUCUGGCUAUCUCCCACACCCUCUGUCGUGGGCAGUGUAGGAUGGGAUGCAGCGCUCACGAGGAUGUGCACACACGUCAGCUUGCGGCUGCUGGCAACCCGCGAGAUCAUCCACGUCUUCUCAACGCACUACGACCACCAGGGCGUCGUGGCUCGAGCGAAGUCGUCCGAGCUCAUCGUCGAGCGUGCACGCAAUGCCUCCGCCCACACGCGGUCUUUCUACGCGACCUUGUCGCCACCGCGGCAGCAGCAGCUGAGCGAUCCACUAGUGGUGCUCAUCGGCGACCUCAACUCCCCGCGAAACGAAGGCAGCUGGUCUACGCUCGUUUCGCCGCACUACGGGCUCCGCGCCAAUUCGUCCGGCGCGACGUUCCUCGAUACAGCAUUGAGCGUGCCAACGCGCUUCAAGUCGCCGCUGUUGACGGACAACGAGGACCCGCUUCGUUCCGAGUAUGCUUCGGGUCGCAAACUGCCCCCGCCUCCAAGCGAUGGCGAGGCGGCCAAAGGCGGCAUCCUCUCAGAACCCCUCGGUCCGCUUCGAACGUUUACCGACUUCCAGCCGAGCCCGCGGAGAGCCAUCGACGACAGAAUCGACUUCAUUAUGCUCCUCGACAACCAGGCUGUUCUCGACCAGACCCGCCCGGACGCUGUACUGGACCAUUCGUCUUCCCCGCCCCCUCCGCAGAGACGGCUGCAGACUGGAGAAGGAGCAUCGUCUUCGUCGCCAUCACCCGGCGGAGAAAGGAGGACGCGUACUGACCAGCCCGACCAGCGAUGGAGAAUCCGAUCCUUCGGCACCCUCCCCAACUGGAGCGAGACCGACGCCGGCUUCCUCAUCUCGGACCACCGCCCUGUCACAGCUCGCAUCCAGAGGACCGCCACCCUUUAA